AUGACCUUAUCAAAAGGUGGUCCUCAAGAAGGACAGGAAAAGUUGAAUGUACCUUAUGCUCAGGCAGUAGGUAGUUUUCUGUACGCGAUGUUGUGUAUACGACCGGAUUUGGCUUUUCCAGUUGGUUUGGUAAAUAGAUACCAAAGUAAUCCUGGAUCUGCCCCUUGGGAAGCUGUGAAAAGGAUUAUGAUAUAUAUUAAAGGAACUAAACACUUGAAAUUGUGUUUUCAAGCGGAAAAGCUUGAGGUUAUUGGAUACUCUGAUGAUGACUUCGGAGGUGAUAGAGAUGACUCUAAGUCCACCUCUGGUUAUGUGUUUAUAUAUGGAGGUGCAAUAGUUUCUUGGCGUAGCAAGAAACAAGGGUGUGUUGCUAGGCACCCACUGGAAGCUGAGUAUGUUGCUUGUAAUAUGGUACUCAUGCAGUCUAGAUAA